AUGACCUCCAACUGCUGUGUCACCAGCAACUCACCAGCUUCCCUCAAGAGCUGCCCACGGCCUUCCUCUGUCUGCUCCAGCAGUGUGAGCUGCCGGCCUGAGAUGUGCCUGGGUUACGUCUGCCAGCCUAUGGCAUACAUGCCUGCUGCCUGCAUCCCGACCACCUACCGGCCAUCCAGCUGCUUCUCCAAGCCCUAUCUGCCUAGCUCCUGCCGGCCUACCAGUGGUCGGACAGUCAGUUCCCUCAGUAUGUGUGGCUGGUACGGCGAAGGGACCUUCAAUGGCAAUGAGAAGGAGACCAUGCAGUUCUUGAAUGACCGCCUGGCCAGCUAUCUGGAGAAGGUGCGGCAGCUGGAGCAGGAGAAUGCGGAGCUGGAGUGUAAGAUCCAAGAGGCCUGUGAAUCUCAGGUGCCCACCUUGGGUCCGGACUACCAGUCCUACUUCCGGACCAUUGAGGAGUUCCAGCAGAAGAUUCUGCACACCAAGGCAGAGAAUGCCAGGAAGAUCGUGCACAUUGAUAAUGCCAAACUGGCUGCAGAUGAUUUCAGGACCAAGUAUGAGACGGAGCUGUCCCUGAGGCAGCUGGUGGAGGCCGACAUCAACAGCCUCCGCAGGAUCCUGGACGAGCUGACCCUGUGCAAGGCUGACCUGGAGGCCCAGGUGGAGUCUCUGAAGGAGGAGCUGCUGUGCCUCAAGAAGAACCAUGAAGAGGAAGUCAGUGUCCUUCGAUGUCAACUUGGGGACCGUCUGAACAUUGAGGUGGAUGCUGUUCCUCCCGUGGACCUAAACAGGAUGCUGGAAGAGAUGCGAUGUCAAUAUGAGACUGUGGUGGAGACCAACCGCAGGGACGUGGAGGAAUGGUUCAACACACAGAUGGAGGAGCUUAACCAGCAAGUGGCCACAAGCUCUGAGCAGCUUCAGAGCUAUCAGUCUGACAUUAUUGAUCUAAGACGGACCGUCAACACACUGGAGAUUGAGCUGCAGGCCCAGCACAGCCUGAGAGACUCUCUGGAAAGUACGCUGACUGAGACGGAGGCGCGCUACAGCUCCCAGCUGGGACAGAUGCAGUGCAUGAUCAGCAACGUGGAGUCCCAGCUGGCUGACAUACGCUGUGACCUGGAGCGUCAGAACCAGGAGUACAAGGUGCUGCUGGAUGUCAAGGCCCGGCUGGAGUGUGAGAUCAACACAUACAGAGGUCUGCUGGAGAGCGAGGACUGCAAGUUGCCCAGUAACCCGUGUUCCACUCCUACCUGUCCUCCUUCUGCACCCUGCCCACCCUGUGUGCCCCGUACUGUCUGUGUGCCUCGCACCGUCUGUGUGCCUUGCACACCUUGUCCCCAAGGCCGCUACUGA